GGCACGGGAGCAGGCCGCGCGGCGGGGGCGGUUCAGGCUCGGUUGUGAGGUGCGGCUCGGGCUGCCUGCGGGCCCUGGGCUGGAGCUGGCGGUGGGGGGGAGGGGUGAAAGGCUAGGGAGAGGGGAGGCUCCUUGGGAGCCUGUUCGUAGGGGCGGCUGAUGCUGCCGUGUGGCGGGCGGGCAACCGGGGAAAAUGAGGAGUUUUCACUGUUUUAGCGUUGUUUGGCUUGUUGAUACCACGUUUUUACUGAGCGUACAUGCGGGGAGCACCAGUCAAACGGCGUUGUAGGCCUCGUCUUGCAGCACACGGGGUAACGUGGAAAACCUGAAACUCACGGAGUGAGAUUGCAUUUGAAGCUGCUUGUGUGCUCCUGAGGCCCUGUCCCCUCAGGACUGUGCUGUUCCAUUUUGCCCAGGUUACCUUGAAGAACAUUCUGCAGUGUAAUUUUAUAGUGUCCAAGCAGCUCAUCUAUUGAUACUUAGUAAAUCUCUAGUAAAACAGCUUCUGAGAGUGCCAUCAUCUGGAUCCAGAGGUUACUUUUAAGAAAAUGUGGACUGCCAGAAGUCUCUGUACUGCACAAAUACUGUUACUUGAGUUGAAAGAAGGUAGAUUGUGUAGUUGCUUUCUUUCAAAAAAACAGCAGUUCUGGACUGGAAUUCUAAACUAUUGUACCCUAAGAGCACCAUAUGACAGAGCUAAAUACCAGGUUUCCAAGAUAAAUGAAAAAAAGUCAGUAAUAGGUACUGCAGUUGCUAUUAAUGCAGGAGGAAUUAAAAGAACUUCUGGACAUAGUCCCAGUGGAGAAUAUGAUGGAAGACAAGACACAUUAGAAGCAAAAAUGAAACGUGUCAAUCUAUCAUUUGCAUCAUGUGGGUUUCUGGGUAUAUACCACUUGGGGGCAGCAGCUGCUCUUUACAGGCAUGGUAAGAAGUUACUGAAAGUUGUGAAAGAUUUUGCAGGAGCUUCUGCAGGAUCCCUGGCUGCCACUGUCUUAUUAGCAGUACCAGAAAAUAUAGAGAAAUGUCAGCAGUUUACCUAUGAAUUUGCUGAAGAAGUCAGAAAAUUGGACUUUGGUGCAGUAACUCCUGGUUACGAUUUUAUGAAAAGACUUAGGGAAGGCAUAGAAUCUAUUCUUCCUUCUAAUGCUCAUGAGAUAGCUGAGAAUCGGCUCUAUGUGUCUGUUACUAAUGUGAGAAAUGGGAAAAAUUACUUGUUCUCAAAUUUUGCCUCCAGGGAGGACCUCAUUAAGGUCCUGCUAGCAAGUAGUUUUGUACCAGUAUAUGCUGGAAUGAAGCCAGUCGAGUAUAAAGGAGAGAAGUGGGUUGAUGGUGGCAUUACCAAUGGCCUUCCUAUCUUGCCUUUUGGACGAACGAUUACGAUUUCUCCUUUCAGUGGUCGAUUAGAUAUCUGUCCACAAGAUAAAGGACGUGUUGAUCUGUAUGUUAAAUUUGCAAAACAAGAUAUAAUGUUGUCUUUGGCCAACCUAGUAAGAUUUAAUCAAGCUAUGUUUCCACCAAACCAGGAGAAAAUGGAAUCACUGUACCAAAAUGGUUUUGAUGAUGCUGUACAUUUUUUACUAAAAGAAAACUGGUUUGAAUAGGCAAAACAUUGAAGGAAAAAAAAACCAAAAACCUACAGCUUUCAAAACACAGCUAUAGGCAUUCUGCCUCAAAUCUAGGAGAUAGUUAUCACAGUUUCUGUUUAUUGAAAUAAAAAUCCCAUUUGGAAUUGCAUCAUCUUCUGCCAAGAAAGCAUCAUCUCCAUUCAGAAGACCUGUUUAAACUGUUUAAACAGAUUGAGAACUGUACUUGCCUAGUAGUUGGCUUGUUUGAGAAGAUUCAACUUCUGAUCCAUUUUGCUUCGGAACUGGACUUUAAAUUGGCAAUUGUAAAAGCUUCUGUUACCAUAAUUAUAGAAAUUUGGAAGACAUUUCCAGUGUUAUUUGAAAGACUGAUCAGUGUUGUACCAUGAAGAAUUUUAGUCUGUAUUCCUCACUUAAUAUAGCAGUAGUGUAUGCUUAUCGAGCGUUUGCAACAUUGCUAAUCUAAUUUACUUCUUAAAGCUUUUUAAAGGAUCUGAACUCUUAGCACUGGCCGCAAGAAAUAAAACAUUUGCACUUUUAUCUCUGAUGUGUUUAUUUUUUUUAACAUUAAAGUUUUUGCAUUUCUCAGUGAAAGCACUUUCUCAAUUGGAAAUACUAUUUGAAACUUUUGUGACAGAACUGUGAUGUCUUGUCCACUAAAAAUAUCUUGUACAGAAGAGUAGUUAUUUUUACUGUGUUUUCUUCUGCUGAUAAAAUUGAAUAAACUUAUUUUCUUGAAA